UGAACGAGGCCACCCAUCUCGUGCAUGUAUCGCUCCGUCUGCUGCUACACACACCAACCGCUGCCAGCGCCAUUCACACAUGACGAUCCCAGUCGUUCGUAAACGAGCCAAGAGGCCGAAAACACGCACAGGCUGCAGAACAUGUCGCGCACGGCACAUUAAGUGUACGGAGGAACGGCCUGCCUGCCAGAGAUGUGUGUCGUCAAAUCGGGAGUGUGCUGGCUAUGAUGUGCCCCCUCCGAGAAUCGGCAAGCCGCAAUGCAUCCUGUUACCGAAGGGAGCGGAGGACUUGCCGAUGCUAUAUCCUAUGGACAAGCCAGCCACGAUAGCGUUUCAGAUGAGCUCAUAUGAAGUCCACGCCUUCGACUUCUUCCGCUCGCACACGGUGCAUCAGCUGCCUGGCAGCUCCUGGACUCUGAGCUGGGACCGACUCGCUCUGCAAGUCGGGCAUCAUGAACCCGCUAUAACACACGCGACAGUAGCCCUAGGAUCUAUACACCGAGCAAUUACAUAUUCCUCAACGACUGGCGCGGUGAGUGUCGACCCCGAUCAGCACUUAUUCGCGCUCAAUCAAUAUAACAAAGCAAUGAGCUACAUUCGCAGAUACAUAGAAGGCAUCAGCGACAAGUGCACAGACUGGGAUGUCGAGGUUGUACUUUUGGUUUCAUUACUCUUCUUCUGCUUCGAGAUCAUGCACAGCGAAGAUGCAAGAGCCACAAUGCACCUACGCACAGGCCUGAGGAUUUUGUACGAACGACUGCGAAGGAUGGACGCUUACAAAGCCCCUCAGAGGAUGAUUGACAUAGAUGGAGAGGAAAAGCGGGUCGUGAGACUGCAAAGCAGACCUCGAAAUAAUAUGGAUCUGCUCCUACAGACCUUCGUGAGACUCGAUGGAGACCUAACAAUCAUUGGCGAUGAGGAACCAUAUCUUAUGCCGAUGUGCCACGAGCAUCUCCCGACGUCUUUCUCCUCGCUCGAGGAAGCUUUGGUGCAUCUCGAUGCCAUUGCUGGCGCAGCUCAUUCCAAUUGCCGAGACAUCGUCAUUAUGGCCGACCGUGAGCUUUCUUCCCAGAGACCAGAUCUGGAAAGCAUGGACGAAGACAUGAGGAACUGCCUAUCAUGUGCAUACUCGCGCACGAUCAAGUUGACUACAGAAUUUGAAGAGCGCAUUGAGAAUGACAUGGAAUCUCUCAAUGCAUGGAUGACUGCCCUUGCGCAUAUGCCAGAGUCAGGACAGAAGCAGUCCGCGCAGUUUCUCAUUCAGAUACACUUCUUCUACAUCUGGUUCAUCAUAACGAGCUGGCGUGAUGAAAACGAGAUGCAGAUUGAUCGUUUCGAAGCGCAAUUCGCUCACAUCGUUACUCUGGCGGAGGCCUACGUGGAAAUGCACAGCGAUGUAACAUGCGAUGCGAAGACCGAGCCUGGGCAGCCGUAUCAUGCAACGAGACAGGCCUUCACCGUUGGAACCGACCUUGUGCCUUGCAUUAGCAUGAUUGCGUUCAAGUCACGCAAGAGUUCAAUCCGUCGAAGAUGCAUCGAACUCCUCCGGACCAUUAAUAUGCAGGGUGUCUUUGAUAGCUGGUACCUCGCCUCCUUUGCGCAGCUAGUGGCUGACCUUGAGGAGAAACGAGCUCGUGAAAUCACUGGCAAGCCCGAAGGAGUGGAUUUGGAGGCCAGCGAUGUACCAGAAGCAGCCCGCUUUGUUGAAAUCGAACUCUCCCCUGCGAAUCACACAGAAUACCGACACAGCUUCUACAAAGGCGGCAUGGGAAGACUGUGCUAUGUGUACAAGGACGACGAAGGCAGACUGCUCGCGGACGAAGCAAUGUUCAAGGUCAAGAGGCCAGCAGAUUUACCAGGUGCGGCAAAUAGCCAUCACUGUUCUACUGGAGCAUACGAGAUUACUGACUUUGAUCAUGCCUCCAUCAAGGACUCACAUUACUUGGAUCCUCCUAAUACACAGGGUUUGGUGUCAGCUCCUUCACGUACCUUGCCAUUGCUACAAGAUGUGGAACCACCAGCCGGUGGACUGGUCUGAUCCAUGUAGCCAAGCUUCGAAUCAACAACGCAGGCCGGUUCGACGACACGACUAAGUUGGAAACGACAAGUUCUUCGGAUUCGAGUCAGCAGUCAUGGCGCUUAACGCACUAUUUGAAUUCAGAGAAAACAACAGGUUCACGAGUCCCGAAACACCAGACUGUACCUUGGUCGUAAUACAUCGGAUAUCGCGACGAGUGGUGUGCGGGCCUCCACCACCUGCUGCCUGCCUGAACAUUUUCAUAGCAUCGAGAUGAAUCGUCGACACUAGGUAUUCCUGUAUCUGGACGCCUGGAAAGAACUUCAGUCACACUUUCAUACCGGAUCUUCAAUCUCUCAAGCCUGCGCGAAGUCGAGAAUACUCUUCAGAACCUUUGGGAAGUCCAUAGACAGGGAAAUGGUGACAUCUGAUACAUGAGCUGGGUCAAUUCAUGAUUGAAGAGAACAUGAUUGUGAUGCAACAUUCGUCCAUCACCCGUACCAUUGUCGUACAUAUUUUUCCGAAAUACCACGCUACCAGGAACAGGCUUUACCGUCAAUUCCAUCUCGUCGACUACGAUCAAUGAAACGACACCCAAGCCUACG